AUGUAGAAAGCACAUGAGUUGCAGUAGUAAAGAUAAGGAGGAGGUAAUAGUGUUGCUAGUAUUUUCAACAGCGGAAUUGGAGGUGCUUCAAUGUCAUAGUAGAUUUAGCAACAAGAUAUCAAAAAUCCUAUGAAUCUUUUCAAUCCAUUUGGAAUGCUUCAAAAUAAGGCAGAUGGCUAGCAGCAAAAGGAUUUUAGAAGGCUUGAAUCAUAUAUCGUUAAAUCCUGCGUGCCUUAUUGCCUUAAAAAGGAGAGAAACUAUCAUUGUGACAUCCCUCAUAUCAAGGAAAUCAGCAACAUCAGCUUUGCAAAGACAAGACUUGACAAGAGGAUCUAGCAAUUUAUUGAUAAAUCUAUCUCCAACAAUCCAUUUGGCUAGGCUUAAAUACCUGUACCUAUGUAUAAAGGAAGGAUAAUAGACAUGGAUUCGUUUGAAUACGCUUGGAGUAAAGUAAUUGAUGAAUUUUUGAAGCCGAUAGAGACUCUAUAAAAAAUAGGCUAGUCAGAUAAUGUAGGCUUUGAUAAUGACAAUAACUUUGGACUACUUAUGUCAGAACCAUCUAUAAACAUUACAGAGAGAUUUGAAUAAAGAGAAGAUAUAUGCCAGAUUGCUUUUGAGUCACUUAACGCUUCUAAGUUUGCAUUUGUCCCUCAGGCUAGUUUGAAGCUGUUUGCUGAACUUAAAUACUCAGGAAUGGUAGUAGACUUUGGAGCUGACAUGACUUAGAUUUCUCCAGUAGAAAAUGGGUAUACGUCCUUUUAUUCUGCAGAUAAUUUCAAAGUUAAUGGAUAAUCUAUUGAUAAAUAUCUGUUGUAUAGUCUAUAACUUGGAAAUGGACUACAACCAAAUAUUAGUAAUAUUCUAAAUUUGGAAAAGGUAAAAAGUGAUUUAAAAGAGAAUUUAUGGGAUGACAAAGGCAGGUUAUUGCAGCAAAAAUCAUAUAUGUUACCAGAUAAGACUUAGCUGAUCGUUAAUCAAGAGAAAGGAUAUGAUAGAGAUGCUUUGGCAUUUCUCUACUUUAACUCUGAAAUUAUAAAGGAGAUGGAAAAUUCUUAUCAAAAAUAUCAAUACACUAGUAAGGGUGGACCAACAGAUAAAGGUUUCAUUUAUUUUGAUAGUAUGAAGUCAGCUUAUAGUAAAAUUACAGAACUUGGAGGUCUUUAUAACCAGGAGCAAGCGACUUUGGAAAGGAAAUCUGUGAUCUAUAAGAUACUCAAAUGCCUUUAGAAUUAUUCACUUGAGGAAAAUAUCAAUAAAAAUUUGAUUGAGACAGUACUUUUAACAGGAGGAGGUAUUCAGCUAAGCAAUUUGGGAAAUCUAGUUUAGAUGUAAUUAGAGACUAAAUGUAUAGAUGAGUAUUCUAAGAUUAAUGUGGUAUAACAGAAAGAGCCAGCAAAUCAAAUCUUAUAAGGGGCUAAGCUUUACGCUUCAAUGAAGCAUUUAGAUAGUAUACUAAUAUCAAAGGCUGAAUACCAAGAAGAGGGAGCAAUAAUUGUUAAUAAAAAGUGUUAUUGA